AUGGAUUCAUCACCACCAACAGUGAAAACAUACCUUCUUGUAAAAAAUUAACAAAUCAAUUUCAAAGAAAAUACUAAAAUUUUAAGUUCUAAAAUAAAUUUUGAAGACCCAACUGCAUUAUAUAAAACUAGAAACCUACUAGCAAAUAUGAUUAAGGGAAAUUUUCAAUUUUAAUCUAAUGUUAAGUCGAAACAAUGA